UUUUUUCCCUUGUCUUAUAGCCUGUGUAUCCAAGAGCUCAUUUUUACACUUAAAAAAAAAAAAAGAAUUAGAUUUUUCUUUUUUAUUUUUCUUCCAGUUUAAUUUCCUUUCUGUAGGAUUGGUUUUUCUAAUUGUUGGCACUUGACUUAAGGCACAUUGCAAACUUUCAUUUGUGGCGAGACUGCUAGGCACUUCUUCAAACGGUUUAUGUUCUUUCAGUGAUCGCUUUCAGGGUUCGACCAAAGUUCCAUUCUUUCGAAAGCCUUGAUUUGGAGGCUCCCAAGUAUGCAUGUUUUUGAUUCGGCAAAGACCGUAUUUAACGAUGAAUAUUCAUUGCCUCCAAAGGUGUUUUUGUUCUGCUCCAUCCCCGUUGGCCGCCUUGCAACUUCCAUCUCCAAUGGAAGCCCAUUUAUGGUAUGUUUUACCUGAGGAGGUGAGAAGCGAGAAGCUUAUGGCUCAAUAUACAGAGCUUCUAUCACCUUGUGAGAGAGAGAAUGUUCUCAGCAUGCGAGGAGAGCAGCUCAAGAAAAGUGCGGUGCUUUCUCGAGCACUGGUUCGCACCACCAUUGCUAGAUAUACAAACUUUCAAGUUGAUCCCAAAUCCUUAAAGUUCAGGAAGAACAGAUAUGGGAAGCCUCAGGUAGACUGGGAAAAUGCAGAUGGUCGGCACCCACCACCAUUGCAUUUCAAUAUAUCACAUACUUCUUCUUUGAUAGCUUGUGGAGUGACUGUGGAUUCACCAAUUGGUAUUGAUGUGGAAGAGAAAAAUCGAAAGUUAAAGAACCAUGUCUUAGCUUUUGCUCGGAGGUACUUUUCUUCUCAGGAAUUGGAACAUUUAACUGCUAUUUCAGAUCCUGAAAUCCAGCGGCAGGAGUUAGUAAAACUGUGGACUAUUAAGGAGGCAUAUGUGAAAGCGUUAGGGAGGGGCUUCUCAGCUGCACCUUUUAAAACCUUUACCAUUCGGUUUAAAGCUAAAACCAGAGGCAGUCAUCUUUCAAUGGACAAAGAUACUGAGGCAUCCGAAAUUAUUGUUGAGUCUUUUGAUGACCCGGGUAACAUCACUAGUAAUUGGCAAUUUGCGCUUGUGGAGUUGGCUGGUUCUCAUUAUGCUGCCAUUUGUACAGAAAAGGCUAAAAUUAUUGAAGGUAGGAGUUCUUCUGUUCCAAUGAAAUUGACAGUGCGGCGAACCAUACCGUUUGUUGAAGAUGAAUGUUUACCAGAAAUUCAGUUGUAGCAUUAGGUGAACUGACUUAAUUGUGUAAAUGAUCAUAUUCAUUGGGAACUUUGUGCUUAGACAUUUGAUGUAAAAUUCAAAGCAAUUGAAAAUCAGA